GCAGUUCUAUAGAAGCAGACAGAAAAGUAUGCGAGAAGAAGCGAAGUCGGAGUGAGAAUAUCUUCAAAGUAUACAUACAUACUGUGUCUCUUCAAACCUGACAUGGAUUUCCCAAACAACACCACUUCAGGGGCUAAUGACACUAUGCCCGACUUGAUUCCCUCAAGCCAGGAAUCCGCUGCAGAAAUAUUUGGGAUGAUUUGCACAAAAUAUAUUGCCCCUUCCAUUUGUGUCUUUGGAAUAAUUGGUAAUUCUUUUAGCUUGGUUGUAUUGAUGCGGCAAUCCCUUAAACAAUCCCCUUAUGUGAAUUUGAAGGCAUUGACCAUUGUGAAUCUCCUGGCUUUGCUGAUCUCAUUUCCCUACAUGAUACACGGAGAGAAUUCAAGACAAUACGGAUGGUUGUGGUACAACAUUUAUAUCUUCAUCCCCUUCGUUAGCUCGCUGACUGCGACAAGCAUUUGGGUUGUAGUUCUGAUGACCGUCGAACGCUUUAUGUACGUUCGAUUUCCUCUUCGUGCAAAGAGACAGUGCGCUCGGACUGGAACAUUAGUUCGCAUAUUCGUUGUAUUGUUUUUAGCUCUCCUAAUGUCUCUGCAUAAAUUUUUCCAGUACAGAAUAAACCCUAACAAAUUACAAUACGUCCAGACUGUAUUCAAAGCCAGCCAAGUGUCGCAUAUUAUUGAGAUCACGUUAAUGGUGAUCAAUCACUUCAUACCACUGAUCGUUCUGGCAAUUGUGAACUUUCUAUUGGUAAGAACGGUUCGGCAGGCUAGGAACAGGCGGGUAUUAUUGAACCUGCGGAACAACCAGGAAGGAGGCUGGCAAAAGGACGAACGGCGGUUCACUGUUACUCUCGUCAGCAUAGUGAUUCUGAACAUCUGUUUCAUUGGACCAGCGACCAUCACCGAUCUACUGUGUCUGACCAUAGUAAGCGAACGUAGCCAAAGCUUAUUGACGACAAUCAUCGUCAUGCGUCAGAUUUCAAAUGUUUUGCUCUGGUUUUGUCUGUCGUCUAAUUUUGUAUUGUAUUGUACCUUUAACAAGAAGUUUUUGCAAGCAAUGAAAGAUACCUUACAAAUCCACAGAUUUCGAAAACAUCGCUUCAAGUCUGUGAAAUUCUCAGAAAUGACAUUCUUGCGGUCAACCAACUUCGAUAGCUGAUCAUGAUUAUCCAGAAUUACAUGUACAGUAAUUUUAUCAUACCACAAGGCUGUAUCAGUCCUCAAAGAAAGUAAAUGACUGAAGUCUUUGAUACAUGAACGAUGGAAAUGUGUCAUUUCGAUUAGAUAUGCUGUUUAACACUUGUAUGCAUUCACUGCACUACAAAUCAUGAUGUUAAAAUUCUAUUUUCAAAUUAUUGUUUUUAAAUUAUCUUACUGGAUGUGUUAUUGUUAUAAUUGUCACAUUAGUUUUCUGAUUAUGAAAUAAAGAAU